GAAAUCCCCUCUCUGUUAUAUUUUUGAGGUCGUGAGUGAAAGGAAAGAGAUAACAAAAGGGUAGCCCAGUCCUCAUCCACGAAUUAGGCGUUUGUUUGUUUUUUUCAAAGCACAUGAGGUAGAUUUAGUGAGAUUUCCACACUGCCCGGUCGGUCCUAACACUUCCUCCAAUAUAAGGCACGGGACCUGCUGUGCUCCGCUGGAUUGGUCCAUCACAACAUCGGUUAUCAGUCCGCUAGCUUAGCUGUCGAUGUUCAGACUUUCAUCGCAGCUGAAGAAGGAGAAGGAACCUCACAGGCCUAACUAACACAUAGUGAAGGUCAGGUCAUGUGACUCUUGUUAUGAUAAGAGGCACACAACGGCAUCUGGAGCUGGGCAGCAUCUGUUGGUGUUCCCUCAGGCUCAAACCGCUUGUUCUUCAUCUAGCUGCUAGGAUCGCGUGGAAUCAGAGAAGUUUGGAGCCUUAGCCAUCAGGCACCGAUUCCCCCCAGAGGUUCUCCUCUGAUGGAUCAGUGGUUGUCAGUCUUUGUGAAGAGGCACCAUGUUUCCUUGUCACGUCAGCCCCUGGCCCUCUGCUGAGCCGCCGGCCUCCUGCGGUAGUCAUGCAGCACCUCCAGCGCAGCCCGCACAGCCGUUGCCAGAUCUGCUGUGCAGCUGUCCCGCUGCACCUUUGAACACCCACUCUGAGACGCCUUCUCCAGACCCCAUGGAGUCCCUCAUCGUGGUCACGGAGUACGAACCCAGCAGAGCACCUGGAGAUGAGGAGGUGGAAGAAAUGGACAGUUCUGAGACGCCAGAGCCAACCUCCUCUUUGACUGCUCAUUUCCGGGCUCCUUCCUGCGACCUGCUGUCCCACACAGUCAGCCGGUCAGAGACUCUGCUACCUGGAAGCCAAGAGCAAAGGGGAAGGUUAAGCCUGUCCGACCGGAAACUAUCCCUGCAGGAGCGCUCACAGACGGCAGCAUCGCCCUGCAGCUCUCCUGGACUCAAUGGGCGCUAUAUUUACCCAUCGUUACCGUACUCCCCCAUCACAUCACCCCACUCCUCUCCACGCUUGUCUCGUCGGCCCACUGUGGAGUCCCACAGUGUUUCCAUCACAGACCUCCAGGACUGCGUUCAACUCAACCAGUACAAGCUGAAAGAUGAGAUUGGAAAGGGCUCCUAUGGUGUUGUCAAGCUGGCUUACAAUGAGGACGACAACACAUACUAUGCGAUGAAGGUGUUGUCCAAGAAGAGGCUGAUGAGGCAGGCAGGUUUCCCACGGAGACCUCCCCCUCGUGGAGCCAAAGCAGGCCCUGUGGGUCCCCCUCAGCCCAAAGGGCCCCUGGAGCGGGUCUAUCAGGAGAUUGCCAUCCUGAAGAAGCUGGACCAUCCUAAUGUUGUCAAACUAUCAGAGGUUUUGGACGACCCCAGUGAGGACCAUCUGUACAUGGUGUUUGAGCUGGUCAAACAAGGGGCUGUGAUGGAGGUGCCAACAGAUAAACCCUUCAGCGAGGACCAGUCACGCUUUUACUUCCAAGAUCUGCUCAGGGGAAUCGAGUACUUACAUUACCAGAGGAUCAUUCACAGAGACGUUAAACCCUCGAACCUGCUGGUGGGAGAAGAUGGACACAUCAAGAUUGCAGACUUUGGAGUCAGUAACCAGUUUGAGGGAACAGAUGCUCUCCUGACCAGCACGGUGGGAACACCUGCUUUCCUCGCCCCUGAGGCGCUCUCUGAGACCAGAAAGAACUUCUCUGGAAAGGCUCUGGAUGUUUGGGCCAUGGGAGUGACGCUUCACUGCUUCGUCUUUGGAGUGUGUCCAUUUAUGGAUGAGCGGAUCGUCAGUCUCCAUCAGAAAAUCAAGACGCAACCUGUGGAGUUACCUGAACAUGCCGACAUCUCAGAUGAUCUCAAAGAUUUGUUAUUGAGAAUGUUGGACAAGAAUCCAGAGACCAGAAUAUCAAUCCCACAGAUAAAGGUUCACCCAUGGGUGACGAGGCAUGGCGCUGAGCCUCUCCCUCCUGAGGAUGACAACUGCUGUAUGCUGAUCGAGGUGACCGAGGAGGAGGUGGAAAAUUCGGUGAAACACAUCCCCAGCCUGGCUACAGUGAUCCUGGUGAGGACCAUGCUGAGGAAGCGCUCUUUUGGGAACCCUUUCGACUGGGCUCGUAAAGAGGACCGUAGCAGUUUGAGUGCUUCAGGGCAAACGCUCACGAAAGGCAGAGCAGGCAAAGUGAGAUACUGCUACAUUCAUUGUAAGCAAAGAAGGAAACAGGAGAGCGGUGACGGCAUGAAGAGUAUGGACCUGCCCUAUGUGGGGGAGGACGAGGCUCUUUCCUGAUGCAGACGCUUUAUUUCGUAUGCUGAGAUCUGCCUGCCUGCAACCACACAGCACAACGCCCCUAAACUCACAGUUUCAUACUGCCAUUCGACACCCGUGUACACUUCCCACUUCCUGUGAGGUGGACAAGUGUGGCACGCGCAGAAAAGAUUGAGAAAUAAGGAUCUUAGGCACUUUUUUUCCCCAAGUCUUUUCUUCAAUGCUCUCCACUUUAAAGGCAGAGUUUGGAGAAUGCAGGACUUGAGAGUGUCACAGGGGAGAGCAUUUCUCCUGAAUCUGUCUUCAGCCUUUGUUGCCCGGCCCACCUCCUCCUUUUAUCCUGCAUGCGUUUAUAGUCCCAGCAUGCUUCGUCUCAGGCUUCAACUGUAAGGUUUGGUGUUUUAUUGUAGUCGAUCCACAUGUAUUUCUCCUUGUCUCUAUUUGACAGUUAUUUCAGGUAUACAGGGAAGGGGAACAGGCAAUGGUCGUCACUACCAUCCCCUCAAUGGUUCUCUUAUAAGGGUAGGUUUUCUUGACAAUGAUUGUCUGGCUCACUCGGCUUUACAGUGGCAUGGCCCAUUUUUGUAAAAUACUUGAGAGUGAAUAAUCUGUACAGUUUUCCUGAAAUUAAAAAAAAAAAAAAAAGGGGAGUGAAGAAAUGUUUACUUCAUUGAAUGCAUGUGUUUACUUUCCCAAUGCAAACGCUAUAUAAGCUACAUCUAAAUAUUUGCACGCUCAUAGACAAACUUGUUACACACAAUUUGAUUGGUUCUUUAUAAAACUCCCGUUCACUAGAAUCAAUCACAAGCUUUACAAACAUUUGAUGUAGUGCUUUUUGAACAAUCUCAAUGAAUCAUUACUGCAUUCAAGUUAGCUUGUUAAACAACUAAGACGUUCGUCUUUUGCAAAGCUUUUGCAACAUGUGAUUUUUAAGUGUUUGCUAUAUAUUUAUAAUCUCAUAGUAAGCCAUGACGGUACUGAAAUUCAUCAAGGGGGGAAAAAAAAGAAUGUUUUGGUGCAAAAAUAUUCUGCAGCCAUUGUGUGCAACGGUUAAAAUAUGUUUCCUAGCACCGACUGCUAAUCACUUCUCUCCAGUUGUUUGGACCAAGACGGUUGUGUUGUUGCUGAGUUUCACAUUUCAGCUGUGUGAUGUAUUUGACUCCUCAAAGUGGAUGUUGGUAUGUAGACUGAAAACUAAAACAAAAGGUGACUGAACGUGACGUUCUGAUUGUGAAUGUUCUGACUUGUUUUAUUUGUUUUGUAUUGUCAGCAUUACAGAUGUUAUUCCAAACGGCACAUUUUCAGUGCACCAAAACAUUCACGUAUGUAUCAUUUUGUAUAAGUAUACAAGGAUAUGUAAAACAAAACAAACCUUUAAACUAUUUUUUUCUUUACUGAGCUAUAAAAGUAGGGUGCAGGGCAGCUGCAGACUUUUUGUACAAAUCUAUGCAUGACAUAUCUGCAGAGGUGAUGGAGAGCAAAGCUGGUGUCAUCUUUAGUCGGAGGGAGAAUGCAACUCUGCAAAUAUUUCAAAUGAAAUGUCCUUUUCAUUUCCUUGACAUUUUAGAGGAUCCCAAAGCUGAAAAAAAUGAAAUUUUCCACUUUUUCCCCCCUUUUGUGAACUUUCAUUUGUGUUCUUAUUUUUCACAUCUUCUUAAUUGUUUGUAUCAGUCUAGAUAAAGUCCUGUGUGUGUCUCAAAAAUAGAAUAUUGACUUAUAAUUCAGACAUAUAAUGCUUCCAUACUCUAAAUACUUCAGCACCAAUGUGUUGAAUGUAUGAGAAAUGCUGACCUGUUUUUUUUUUUUUUUUUACUUUCUACCUGCAUGUUACUGAGCUGUACGCACUGUAUGUCUGUUUUAAAGACUAGUUCUAUGCAUAUAAUGUGUCCUUCUCUGUAAGGUGCAAUGUACUGGCUGGAUGAGGAAGGCUGUUUGUGGUUGACUGAUCAUUAUUUAUUUUUCAUUACCCGAAAGUUUUUUCCUAAAUGUAAUGAGGUCGUGCUCCCUGAUGGGAAGGGCUGCGAAUAGAGACUCUGGAGUUAUGCUUUUCAUAACAAUAUUGGAGUGUGCUUUUGAAGGAUAUUCACUUUUUUUUUCCUGUGGAGAACUCAAUGAUAAUAGCCAAUUAUCUUUUUCAGCCCAUGAUCUAGUCAGAAAAUUAAUUGCAGCUUGUGUUAUACUGUUAAGUGUUACCUCUUUUGAAACCAGUUUUCACAUAUUAAAGGUCACAUAUUAUGCAAACAACAAUUUACCAUUUUUUUGCAAAUACGUAUGUGUCCCUAGCCUGUCUACAAACCUCCCAAUUAGGCGAAAAGUUCAUCCUCUCCGUUUUUUACCUGC